GGAUUACUGUAGAGAGUCUAAUAUUGGAAGCGAUACGCUUCAAACGCAAUUUCCGAAUGGUGCGUUACGUUCCGGCAGAGAAAGUCUUCCUAGUGUAGACAGCGCGGUGGAUUCUUGGGGCGAAAUGGGAGAUAGUAAUGGUACCAUGCCGGAAAUAUUAAGACUUUGGGAUACCACCUCUACAGACAGUGGACAAUUAGACUUAUCAAUACCAUCUUACCCGGGGACACAAGAACAUAGCAGUAGUUCCAACGGUAGGUCCCAACAAGUAGUGCACGUAUCACUUCAUAAGGAUCCAGUCUAUGAAGAUUUUGGCUUUUCGGUAUCGGAUGGUCUUUACGAACGAGGUGUUUACAUAAACCGUUUGCGUCCCGGUGGACCAUGCGAUGGUAUUUUGCGGCCAUAUGAUAGGAUUCUUCGAGUGAAUGAGACCAGUACGGAGGACUGCGAUUGUUGUUUGGCUGUUCCGCUCAUUGCAGCAGUUGGGCCACGUUUGGAUCUAACUAUAGCGAGACCUCUCUCUCCGCAAAACAUCGUGAAAACUUUGUAGAUUGAUACAAUCCACAAUUGAUUGAACUGUCAGUAUUAUCACAAUCCAAAUCAAUUUUAUUAGGUCAGUGCAAAAGUUCGUGCCCGAUUCGUAUACAUUUGGAACUGGUGAAAUAGCAUGGCGACUCUGUUGUUUAUCUAUGCAUAUUAUAUAUCGUUGAAAAGAUGGCAGUUAUAGGUGUCAUUUGAGAAUCAGAAGUGUUUUGUUUAGUUGAAUUUAAGUUGUGAAAAAAAUCAUUGAAGAUGGACAAAAAGUUGCAUUUUCGACAUGUGAUGCUUUACGAGUUUCGGAAAGGAAUAACCGUUGGCGCUGUGACAAAAAACAUUCAAGAGGUUUACUUUGACCGUGCACCAACCCUUCAAACUGUAAAGAUGUGGUUUGCUAAAUUUCGUCGACGAUUCUAACCUCGAAGAUAAACUCAGUAAACAAUUUGGUAACAAAUUGUUGCUAAAUUGGCAUCAAAUUUACGCAAAAUUUGUCGACAAAUUCCAUGAAAUCUGUGUCCGCAAUAGGCUCGUGAUUUGUUAGCAAAUCUUGGCGACAAAACUUGAGGACAAAUAUCGAGCAAACCUUGGCGUCAAAACCUGACAUCAAAUAUUGAUCAAACCUUGGCGACAAAACCUGACGCCAAAUAUCGAGCGAACCUUGGCGAUAAAACCUGACGAUAAAUUGACGCCAAAUAUCAAGCAAACCUUAUCAUUACCCGAUGACAACAGAUACGUGGAAUCGAUCGAUGUUCAUAUCACGUCGAUUAUCCAGGUAAAAUUCACGUUUAUACCAAUCGAGUGGACUAUCCGCUCAAAAAUGGUACUAGAAUCCACGUGGAAAUCCAAUCGACAUUUCGAAUCAAUUUUUCUAAGAAUUUCUUCAAAAUAUCCACAUAGAUACAUUGAGAAAAAAGAUU